UGAGUGGCCGUGUGACCCAGCCAUCAGCCCUCCUGUGUCCUGCUCCCCUGCCGAGGAGGAGGCAGCUAACAAGCAGUGUUCAAUCCUCACGCAUCUGGGUGGCCCGUUCCAGCCAUGCCAUGCAGUUCUGCCGCCCCAGACCUACUUUGAGAGCUGUGUCUAUGACCAGUGUGCCACGGGCAGCAGCACAGAGCAGCUCUGCAAUGACCUGGGGGCCUAUGCCACAGCCUGUGUGGAGGCAGGGGUUGCCCUGGGAGACUGGAGCGCUGGCACUGUCUGUGGUCCAUCAACACCAACACCCAUGACUCCCUUGCCAGGCACUACAACGCAGCCUGCCCACACAACAUCACCAACAACACCAAUACCCAGCUCAGACCGUGCUUCCUGCAGUGCCUCUGGAGAUCCACAUUAUAACACUUUUGACCACAGAGUCCAUAAUUUCAUGGGAAAUUGCACUUACACCCUCUCCAAAGUGUGCAAUGUCUCUGAGAAGCUUCCAUACUUCGAUGUGUCCACAACAAAUGAGCACAGAGGAGCCAACACCAAAGUCUCUUAUGUGAAGUCAGUGCAAGUAGAAGUCUAUGACAACCAGAUUUCUCUACUGAAAAACAAGAAAGUGAAUGUGAAUGGUCGCAGAAUGAACCUGCCUGUAUUUAUUGAGAAGAAAAUCAGUGUUCAAAGCAGUGGUGGAUAUGUUCUCUUGGAAACUGACUUUGGACUGUGGGUGAGAUAUGAUGGAAACCACUAUGCAGAAGUCUCCGUGCCCUCUAAUUACAGUCAUCUGCUCUGUGGCCUCUGUGGUAAUUAUAAUGGUGAUCCAAAUGAUGACAAUAUAAAACCCAAUGGUGAUAUUGCCAGUGGUUCUGCUGAUCUUGGAGAAAGCUGGCUUGUGCCUGAGAAUAACACCAUAUGCUCCAGUGGUGGGAUAGAAGAGCAGUGUGAUCCUGUGUUGGACAGUGAAGCAAAGAAGAACACAGCAUGUGGCAUGAUCACAGACCCAACAGGAAUCUUCAAGGACUGUCAUACCAAAGUGCCUCCAGAGAAUUUCUUUGAAAAUUGUGUUUAUGACAUGUGUUUCACUGGUGGACAGGCAAUAUCCCUGUGCUACGGACUACAGGCCUAUGCUGAGUCAUGUAUCAAUGCUGGCAUAUGCAUAGAGUGGAGGAAUGCUACUCUUUGCCCAAUGUCCUGUCCUGGAGGCAGCAUCUACAAGAGCUGUGGUACUAGGUGUCCCUCUACCUGUUUGAACAUCUCAGCAGCUGAUUCCUGCAGUUCUUUACCAGUGGAAGGUUGCUUCUGUAAGGAAGGUUAUGUUUUGAGUGGAGACAAAUGUGUGCCGGAAAGCAGCUGUGGUUGUGUUGAUGAAAAGAACCAGUAUCACCAGCUGGAUGAAAGCUGGUUCACCCAUUAUCCCUGCACUGAACGCUGCACCUGCAAGGCUAAUAACACCAUUGAAUGCACAUCCUGGGAGUGUGGAGUCCAAGAGGAAUGCAGCAUUCAGGAUGGUGUGCUGGGCUGUCAUUCCAAUGGUCAAGCAACAUGUCAAGUGGUAGGAGAUCCCCAUUAUUUCACUUUUGAUGGAAUGAAGUACACUUUCAUGGGAACCUGCACCUACACUUUGGUUGAGGUUGACAACACUUCCACCAAUGUCAUUCCUAUAACCAUACUGGGCAAGAAUGAAGACAGAGGACUGAGAGGGGCCACAUACCUGAAAGAAGUCUAUAUAGAUGUGCAUGAUGUACGAAUCACCCUUCAGAAAAACCAAGGAAUCCUGCUGAACAAUGAGAGAGUUUACACUCCAGUGGAGAACCGACUGCAAGGCGUGUCCAUUGGAAAUGUUGGCAGAUUUAUAGUUGUGGAAACUGACUUUGGUGUGAUAGUGAAAUAUGACGGCAAUCACCAUCUGGAAAUCACCCUCCCACAAUCUUAUUUCUCACAGGUGCAUGGCAUGUGUGGUAAUCUCAAUGAUAAUCGUGAAGAUGAUCUGUCCUUGCCCAAUGGAACAGUCGUCAGUGCCACACAGUUUGGAAAUAGCUGGAAAGUGGAGGAAGACAGUGAUAAGGGUUGUUUACCAGACUUAAGAGAAGAUGAUAAUCCCCCUUGCACUGCUGAGAAUAAACAAGUCAUUGAAAGCCAGUGUAAUGUCCUAAAAUCAGACAAAUUCAAGGUAUGCCAUAAUCUAGUCAACCCUGAAGACUUUGUAGAGAUCUGCAUCUAUGAUAUGUGCCAGUAUGAUGGCAUGAAGUCUGCUCUCUGCGACAUAGUUCAAGCCUAUGUGGAGACCUGCAAGAACCAUGGAAUCACCAUUAAAUGGAGGAAUAACACAUUCUGUCCAUUGCCCUGCCCAUCCCGGAGCCAUUACAAAGACUGUGUCUCCGCCUGCCCAUCAACAUGCAAUGACAUUUUUGCCUCUUCCCUUUGUGACAAGACAGAAGAGUGUACAGAGGGCUGUGAGUGUGAUGAUAAUUAUGUGCUCAGUAAUGGCAACUGUGUACCUCUGAGCAGUUGUGGCUGCAGGGAUGAUGACAACAAUUACUACAGUGCUGGGGAGACAUGGAUAACUCCACACUGCGCCAGAAGAUGCCAGUGUCAGAAGAACGGUGUCAUCAGUUGUAACAGCUAUAGCUGUGAUUCUAGAGAAACCUGUGUGAUCCAAAAUGGAAAACACAAGUGCCAGCCAACAGGUUUUGGAAGAUGCCAGAUCCUGGGCGACCCACACUACAUCACCUUCGACGGUCUGGUGCACCACUUCCAGGGGAAAUACACAUAUAUUUUGGCUCAGACCAUCCCUGACCUACCUGAUACUCUCACGCCGUUCAGCAUUGAAGGCAUUAACUCUCCUUUACUCCUAUUUCGACACAUUACCUACCUGAAAGAGAUUCUCAUCAAUGUUUACAACCACACAGUGCGAUUCAGGCAGAACAAGCAGGUUCUGUUGGAUGGUGUCCGUGUGAGACCCCCUCUUCGACCUCAUGAAGGUAUUCAUAUAUAUCAGAGGAUAACAAGAAUUUACCUAGAGACAGAUUUUGGCUUAUAUGUGAGCUUUGAUGGCAAUGAAAAUGCAGAUAUAAAGCUGGCCAACACCUACGGAAGCAGAGUGGAAGGCUUGUGUGGUGACUUUGAUGGGAGAUACAGAAAUGACUUCACAAAUCCAGACGGUGUUUGGGUGAAGAACGUGAAUGUAUUCGGUGAAAGUUGGAAAGUUCCUUUAAAAAGAAGCUCUCGUUUCAGACGAGAUGUCAACUCAGGAAAUGAGUCUGCGGAGGAGCCAGAUCCAGGGCUUUUCCAAGGUUGCAACGAAAAUCAGCUGGAGCAGCAAAAUGCAACUUCAAGAUGCCAAAUCCUGACUGACUUGAAUGGUCCUUUUGCAAAGUGUCAUUCCACAGUCCUACCGGAUUUCUAUUUCACGAGCUGCCUGUUUGAUAUGUGUGUGGAAGGAGAUGAGGUCACUACCUUGUGUCGCAGUCUGGAGGAAUAUGUGCUGGCCUGUCAGCAGCAAGGAGUCAGUAUGGAUGGCUGGAGACAACAGACAGUUUGUGGUAUAUCAUGUCCUGCCAACAGCAACUACAGCUCAUGCACGUCUGCAUGCCCAGCAUCCUGCAACGACCUGACCAGCCCUUCUGAGUGUGAAUCACCUUGUGUGGAAGGCUGUGAAUGUCUCCCUGGCUAUGUUCUUAGUGGUUUUGACUGUGUGCCUUACAAAGAGUGUGGCUGCACAUACCUGAACAAAUACUAUGAGAUUGGAGAAAUAUUCACCACUGAUGACUGCUCUCAGACAUGCCAGUGCACAGAAAGCUCCACUGUUUUCUGCUCUGACACAGCAUGUGGGUCUGAUGAAAUCUGUGGCAUCUCCAACUACACUCGUGGAUGCUACAGGAGUGGACCAUGUAUGCCAAACCCUUGUCAGAAUGAUGGUGUUUGCUCUGAAACUACCAAUGGCACCUCUCUCCUCUUCUACUGUGAAUGUUCAGAGCUGUACACAGGAGCAACGUGUGAGGCUGAAAAGAUAGCUGAAGACCCUGACACAGAGGAUCCCAAGGACUAUACAUAUGCCAUCGUCAUCGGAGUCGUGGCAGGUGUAAUUGUUAUUGUCAUUCUCAUCUCAUCUACAGUGUGCCUGUACAGGAGAAAGAGAAAUGUGGAUACACAUACAAUAACAAGGGAUUCUUCUUUGAAGUGGUCCAGGGAUGAACUGGAUGCCAGAGUACACGAGCAAGAUUAUGGCUGCAUCGUGAACAGUGCAUUUGAUCAAAAUGAAUCCCAAAAUAUACAGCUAUAG